AUGAUUCCCCUUAGAAACCUGGCCUUCUUGAGCGCCGCAGCAAUUAGCCUUGCCUCUGCAGGCCCUUUCUUGCAGCAUGAGCAGAGGGAAACAGCCCCAAACCAGAAUGCUGGUCGGUAUAUAGUCACGCUAAAAGAAGGGCUGGACGCAUCGGUUGUGGAACAGCAUCUACAGCGAGCCACCAGUAUACACGCCCGUAGCACCUCGCCCUUGGUGGGGAUGGAGAGACAAUGGAGCAUCGGAUCAUGGAACGGGUACUCCUGCACCAUGGACACGGACACGUUCUCCCAGAUCAGCACCGACAGCGCCGUGGAACUCAUCGAGCCCGACGUCCCUUUCGUCUUGACGAAGCAUAUCACACAGGAAAAGGCUCCCUGGGGCCUGGGUGCCAUAUCUCACAGGACCGGAAACCACACAGAGUAUGUCUAUGAUUCGAAGGCAGGCGAGGGCACUUAUGCCUACAUCCUCGACACCGGGCUGCUCACCACACACAGCGAGUUCGAGGGUCGAGCCAGUCUGGGCUAUAAUGCCGUAGGGGGACCAUUUAUCGAUGAUAUCGGCCAUGGAACCCAUGUGGCUGGUACCAUUGGUGGCAAAACAUUUGGCGUUGCCAAAAAGGCCCGACUGAUCUCGGUCAAGAUUUUCAGUCAAGAAACGGGCCUCUCGUCCGAUUUUCUCGAAGGCUUCCACUGGGCCGUAAGCAACAUCACGAACUCGAAGCGCCAGGGGAUGUCGGUGAUCAACGUCAGCGGCGGCUCUAGCAUGCUAGAGUCCGUAAACCGCGCCGUCGAACAAGCAUACAAGCAGGGCGUACUGACCGUCGCGGCGGCGGGUAACUCGAACGAGGACGCCCAGCACCACUCGCCCGCGUCCGCGCCCAGCGCCGUAACCGUCGGCGCCGUAAACAGCAACUACGCCCGCUCCUUCUUCAGCAACUGGGGCCCCUCCGUCGACAUCUUCGCCCCCGGCGAGUACGUCCAAUCCUCCUUCGCCCGCAGCGACAACGACACCCUCCUCGCCUCCGGCACCAGCAUGUCCACGCCCCACGUCUCGGGCCUCAUCCUGUACCUCAAGAGCAUCAUGCCCUACCGAAUGAAAACCCCCAGCGACACCGUCGCCGAACUGCAGAGGCUGGCAACGGGGGGGGCCGUCGGUGAUUCCAGGGGCGGCAAGAACUUGCUCGCGUUCAAUGGCAAUGGGGUUGCUAUCUUUGGGGAUAGGUAG